UCCUAGAGUUGGGAUUCAGGGGAAUGAGUUUAAAAUUGGUCGUCAGAUUGGCAGUGGGGCUUUUGGACAAAUCUAUUUAGGAAUGCAUCUAUUUGGAUUCUUAAUUUCUUCUUUUGUUUUUGGAUUUUAGGAUUUUGUAUGUGUUUGAUGAGGAUUGUAAUGGUUAAAAUUCGUUUGCUUUUUGUCUGUAGGUACUGAUAUUCAGACUAAUGAAAUGGUUGCUAUUAAGCUAGAAAAUGCGAAGGCGAAGUAUCCUCAAUUGUUAUACGAGUCAGCUUUGUACAGGGUUUUUCGAGGAGGAACUGGAAUUCCGAACGCGUGAUGGUCUGGGGUCGAGGGAGGUUACAAUGUUCUUGUUAUGGACUUGCUUGGACCUAGUUUGGAAGAUCUUUUUAACUCCUGUGGCAGGAAAUUUUCACUCAAGACCGUUCUAAUGCUUGCAGAGCAGAUGAUAAAUCGAGUGGAAUUUAUUCAUAGCAGAUCUUACUUGCACCGAGAUAUUAAGCCAGACAAUUUCCUUAUGAGAACAGGAGGGCGCGCAAACCAGGUUACUAUGAUGAUAACUAAGUCAUCAUUUUUUAAGUUUUCAAAUGGGAUAUCUCUCCCUACGUGUUUGCUGUUGUUGUGCAAAUCAGGUGUACAUAAUUGAUUUUGGUUUGGCUAAGAAGUACAGAGAUUUUAAGACCCAACAACAUGCUCCAUACAGAUAGAGAAAAGAAAGAUUUGAUCGGAUCUCCACGUUAUGCAAGCAGAAAUUCCCAUCUUGGUAUGGAGCAAAGUCGGAGAGAUGAUUUAGAAUCUCUAGGAUACACGCUUAUGUACUUCCUACGUGGAAGUCUUCCUUGGCAAGGGUUGAGAGCAGUAACAUAUAAAAAGAAGAAUGAAAUAAUCAGAGAAAAGAUGUUAUCCACAUCCGUCGAGGAUUUAUGUAAGGGUUAUCCUAUGGAGUUUGCAUUUUACUUUCAUCACUGUCGUUCACUACGAUUUGAUGCUAAGCCUGAUUACGCGUAUUUGAGAAGAUUAAUCUGUGAGCUUUAUGUUACUGAAGGUUUUCAGUUUGAUCUUGCAUAUGACUGGACAAAUUUGGUGUAUCAGCAAUCUCCAAUGGUCACUCCUCCCUCACGCACUCCUUUAAGUAGCUCUAAUAUUUUUUGGAAACACAAGUGGAUCAGCAAGUCGGCCUGCAAUUUCUAGCAGCCGCGAUGCAAUAAUUGGGUUAAAGUCUACUGAUCCAUCUCAUCUCCAAACUACUGAGGCGGGUCCAGGAGCAUUCCGCAGGGUUACAGAUGCACAAAGAUGUUCACCUAUUGGGUCUGUGGAGACACCCAAAAACACUUCUUUGCAUAAGACCAGCUUUAAUGUAAAGAAUUACGAAUCAGUUCUCAAAGGCAUUGAAAGCCUGCAUGUUGAGAAAGACGAGAAGGACAUGGAUCCGUACUAGCCUGGUGGUGCUUGCCAAGUCUAUAAAUCUAAAGUCACAAUUUUAUUGCCAUUGAAAUUGUUUGAUUGAGGAAGUCAUCAUAUAUGGAAUUUCGUGGAGAUGACGGAAAAUCUGGUCUGACGAGCUACACAUAUAUAAUAUUGGAAGUGGACCGUGGAGCAGUUGAGCAGCUCGUGACAAUUCAACUCGACAGCUUUCCAUCCUUCAAGAUUUACCUCAUGCCAAUCUUCUAGGUUCCCCAGUCCCAAAGGGAGUCUCUGAUGCUUAGAAGCUACGACAGGAGUACACAGGAAGAUGU